AUGCCUUCCCUUGCCAUUUUGGACGAUUACGCGAACAUAGGUCCUACCUAUUUCAAGCAUAUCGAGGAUCUCAAUGUCGACAGCUUUCCCGACACUAUACCUCCAAACACUCCAGAAAACAUCAAGAAACUGGCUGCUCGUCUUGGCCAGUAUCCUGUCAUUAGCUCCAUGCGUGAACGCACUCCAUUUCCCAGAGACUUGCUUGCUGCACUGCCCAACCUGAAACUCUUGAUUACAACCGCCAAGCGCAAUCGUGCAAUCGAUAUGGUUGCCGCAAGAGAACUCGGCAUUGUCGUCGCUACCGCUCCAGGCACUCGUGAUAUUACUCACCCAGAGCUUCCCUCGCUCGUUGCCCCAUCACCCGAGUACGACGCCACUACCCAGCAUUGUUUUGCUCUCAUCCUUGCUCUUGCUUCACGUAUACCAAUCGAGGAUGCCACAUUGCGCUCAGGUGGCCCAUUCCAGACUGGCCUCGGAUUUACUCUUUCCAACAAAGUCUAUGGAGCCGUUGGUCUUGGAAGACUGGGUACAAACGCUGCUCGCACAGCUGUUCUUGGCUUUGGAAUGAAAGUCAUCUCAUGGAGUGCAAAUCUGACGCAAGAGAAAGCAGACGAGGCAGCCGCACACGCGGGCCUUCCGAAAGGUUCCAUCAAGGCCGUGACCAAGGAAGAGUUGCUCAAAACAGCAGACGUCGUUAGCAUGCACUAUGUGCUCUCAGAUCGUAGCAGAGGAACAAUCGGUGCUGCCGAGAUUGCCAUGAUGAAGAAGAACGCCAUCUUGGUCAACACUUCUCGAGGUCCCCUAAUCGAUGAAGAUGCUCUACUCGAUGCGCUCAAUCGUGGCGUCAUCAGAGGUGCAGCAUUGGAUGUUUUCAACGUGGAGCCUCUUCCUCUGGGGAGUCCAUGGCGUACCACUUCCUGGGGAGAAGAUGGCCGAUCUCUUGUUGUUCUCUCACCUCACAUGGGUUAUGUCAAUGACGAGACAAUGCACAAGUUUUAUGCGGAGCAGGCGGAUACUGUGCAGCGCUAUCUUGCGGGUGGUAUUGAAGCAGUGCCGGAUGUUCUGAAUUGA